ACUGGAGCGCGCGGAGGACUGACAGCUUGACAUCAGACACUCCGUGCGUCUGAAAGUACGGCUCUGAACUGACUUAUAAUUUUCCACCUGUGUGCACUGCUCACAAAAAUUGACAGCUUUACAAAUGAAUUCGGAAUCGGGGAUCGUGGCCGACUUUGAAGUCGGAGAGGAAUUUCACGAGGAGCCUAAAACGUAUUACGAGCUGAAGAGCCAGCCGCUGAAAAACAGUAAUCCAUCUGAGCAGCAGCAUGGCUCCUCUAAGCCCCCGCUGGGUUCGUCGGCCAUGACCUCUCGUAUCCUGCUCCGCCAGCAGCUGAUGCGCGAGCAGCUCCAAGAGCAGGAGAGACGAGAGCAGCAGAGACAGCAGAGCUCAGCGUACACACAGCCCUCCAUCACCCAGAGCCCCGCCAUAAACGUCAGCGUCCCCGCCGGCCUGCCCAGUGCCACCCAGGUGCCCAUGGAAGUGCUGAAGGUUCAAACACAUCUUGAAAACCCCACGAAGUAUCACAUCCAGCAGGCUCAGAGGCAGCAGGUGAAGGCGUAUCUGUGCACCACCCUGGGAGGAAAGCUCGGCUCGCAGGCUGUGAGUUUGCCGUGUCCCAGCCAGGCCCCUGACCACGGGGGAAUGCCUCCGGGGCCGGGCAACAGCGCCCCCAACAGUCCCAUGGCCUUACUGACCCUCAACUCCAACUGCGAAAAAGAGAUGGAUGAUGUCAUUGAUGACAUCAUUGGUUUGGAAUCCAGUUACAAUGAUGAUGUCAUGGGACUCUCGUUGGACCCCGGACUUCAGAUGGCCAACACGAUCCCUGUGUCAGCGAACCUCUUGGACAUGUAUGGUAACCCGGGCAUGCCGCCUCCAGGAAUCUCUGUCAGUAACUCAUGCCCUGGUAACCUGCCCAACAUUAAAAGGGAAUUCUCUGUUGCUCCAUCUCCAGCCAUGAUGCACAUGAUGGACAAGCCCAGCUCCUGUAGCAAGUUUGACAGCUAUCAAAGGCCUGAAGGGUUUCCUGUGGAGGCAGAAGUUCGCGCUUUUGUAAAGGAAAGGCAAAAAAAGGACAACCAUAAUUUAAUUGAGAGGCGACGGAGAUUCAACAUUAACGAUCGAAUCAAAGAACUGGGGACUAUGAUUCCUAAAUCGAAUGACCCGGACAUGCGCUGGAACAAGGGCACUAUCCUGAAGGCCUCUGUGGAUUACAUCAGGAAACUUCAGAGAGAGCAGCAGCGUGCCAAAGAGCUGGAGAACCGUCAGAAGAAGCUGGAACACGCCAACUGCCACCUGAUGCUCAGGAUACAGGAGCUGGAGAUCCAGGCUCGUGCUCACGGACUGGCCGUCUCCUCGUCUACACUUGGGUCAUCAGAGCUGGCAGCCCGGCCCAUCAAACAUGAGGCGGUCCGGGGCGACUGCUCCCGGGAUAUGUACCCUCACAUGCACCCGUCCUGCCCCGACAUGGGCCGCUCCAGUACCCUAGACCUUAACGACGGCACAAUCACCUUUAACGACUCUAGCACUUCCAGUGAUGUGGGGGCUUAUGGUCUUGUCCCAAAGGCAGAUGGAGACAUCAUAAUGGACGACACAUUGACAUCUGUAGCAACGAGCGACCCACUCCUCACCUCCGUCUCGUCUGGAGCCUCGAAGGAAAGCAGCUGUAAGGACAGCGUGAACAUGGAGGAGAACGAGCAUGUUUGUUAGUGCAGCCAAACCGUCGUUUGGCUCUUUAGGACCGCCGGUCAUUGUUGUGUUUUUCCGGUAACACAAUUGACUUCAAAGGAGGAAGUGCAGCCUGUUUUGUCAAGUGCAAAAUAAUGCUUUCUUGUUUACACUAAAUGUAUUUUAUUGUAUUUGUACCUUAUUCCAAAUUUCAUUGUGUUAUAAUAAUAUCAUGAAAAAUCAAGGUCAGUAUCAUAAAACGAUUGAUUUGCGUAACUUCACAUAGGUGUAUUAGAAUAUAAUCAACUUUGGGAUAGUAUAAAAGUGCACUUGAAAGGUGAUUUCUUUGGAUGUACAGUAGUGUGAUUGUGCACAGUUUAGAAAAAUAUUUCUCUUUUUACAUAUCUUUGUAAAGUAAUGAUUUAAACAAAACGCUUCCCAUUUAAUGUGUAAAUAGUAAGCGACAGACAGUUGAUGUUUAAAAGGAUAGUUCACUCAAAAAUGAAAAUCGAAGAUGUAGGUGUUUUUUUUUUUUUUUUUUUUCAGUAGAACAGUAAAGAAGUUUUUAGCUGAAACUGUGGUCCAUAAAAUGCAAGUCUGCGGCUACCGUCACUUCGAGUUGAAAAAGCAUAUGCAGGCAACAUAAAAUGAAUACCCGUUGCUCCUUAUGAUAUAUUGAGGUCUUAUGAAGCAAAAUGAUCAGUCUGUGCAAGAAACUGAACAUUAUUUACAACAUUAUUGUAGAUGAUAGAGCUGUAGUCCAGAGCUUCAGGCAAAUGGUUCGGAGUGAUGUCUGGUUUGCAAACGAACCAUUCUUUUGAACUGAUUCUCUUUAAUUGGACUGAACCCUCUGAAACAGUUUCUACUAGUUACUUAAUCAAAACUCACUUUCAGACAGACAUCUGACAGUCACUCUGAUUUGAAAUAAGCUGAAAUAGUGGUGAAUAUGUUCCUAUAAUGAAUGAACUCAUUGAGUUCCUCCAACAGUCACUGAACGAAGGAGACAUUUAGAUUCGGACUGAUGACUGAUGAGCCGCUGAUAUGCGCAUGCAUGAGCUGAAUGCUUGAAUGAAGGGGCAUUCAGCCCCAUUUCAAUUGAAUUGUGAAAAUUUCUGUUGAAUGUCGUUCUAACAUCACUCAAUGUUUAAGGAAAGUUUUGAGCAAAUGCUCUACAGAUCGUAUCUUCCAGAUGAAAGCUCACACAACCAGUAGAUGGACAGUGUUGCUGUUUGAAACAGCUGGCUCUAAAUUAUUUCUUCCAGUUAUUAAUUAAUGGCAAUAGUCACUCAGUAUUAAUGUUUCUGGUCCAGGAGAAUUUGCCGUAGCACAGUGGAUUUGGAUGAAGAAAUUCACAUGUGGAAGGACCAUUUGCACACAGCAUUUGAAAAAUCCAGCUGAUUUUCAGAUGUCCCAGAAUAAGCGAUAAGCAAUAUUCAGCUUUAACUCUGCAGAAAACCCUCAAAUACGGUUCUAGUGGUUUUACGCAGUGCCUUUAUAAUUAUACUAAUGCAUUUCACCUCAUGCAUUUCUUAAGAUACUUUGAGGAUGCAUUUUAACACAGUGCAUCGCUUGAAACAAUCCAUAGAAUGUGAAAUCAUUUCUUAACAUGUUUGAUGACUGAAGGAAAAGUCAGAUGAUAAUUCAAACUUCAAAUUCCAAUUUAUUGUCCUCAAAACAUUUUUUAAUCAAAAUUUGUAACUAAUUUCUGUAUUACAUUUCUGCCAUACUUAUAAUUACAUUGUUCCAAGGUUUUUUUUUUUUUUUUUUUUUUUUUUUUUUUAUUGGUGGCAAAAACACUGGAAGGAUGAUCAUAUUUUGCAGAUUUAAGAAAAGAAAAGAAAAAAAAGAAAUAAUAUUUUAUAACACUUGUUUUUUUUUUAUUCUUACAUGGUAUAAAAUGACUGACUAUGUUUGUAAUAAGCUGUACUGUUACUGUAUAUUUCUACUGUGCUCAACUCAGAUGUACUGAUGUUUGCCUUCGAGUAGCAUCCAAUUUGUGCCAUUAAUAUGAUCAUGUAGCUGCAACUAUUAUGUGUUGUUUCAUAGAACUAUGCAAAGAUAGCUUUCAGUUGAGAAAUCAACCUGUGUGUAAUGGAAAGGUGUUGUAAGAGUUUAGCAUAGGUAACAUAGUCAGACCACUGUAAAGUGCCUUACAUUACAAACCUGUCACUUAAAGCAAUAGUUCACCCUAAACGCUGUGUCAAUUACUCAUCCUCAUCUCGUUCCAAACCUGCAUAACUUUAAUUCUACCAUAGAAAACAAAGAGAGAUGCUUAGCAGAGAGUUCAUGCUGCUCUUUUCCAUACAAUUAAAGUGAGUGGGGACUGUGUCUGCCAUCAAAUAAACGAAUAAAAAUAAUAAUUAGGGAUUUGCGACUUUUUUUCAGUUUCGUUGUUUCUGUUACAGAAUAAAAUCUAAAAAAGGUAAUUGCAAAUUUUUAUCUCAUUAUUCAGUAAUUGCAUGUUUAUAUCUCACGAUUCAGACUUUUUAUCUCAGAAUUGCGAGUUUAUGACUUGCAAUUCAGUUUUAUGUUCCUGAAAUAAAGAAAUUAAAAAGGUAGCAAUUCAGGCUUUUUUUCCGCCAGAAAAUGAAAAAUAAAAAGGUUAUUUUUGACAUGUAUCAAAAAAUUCAGACCUUUUAUAUCUCGCAUUUCUGAGAUGAAAAAUUCUGAACUGUGACAUAUAAAAUCAAACUCAAUUAACUUUUUAUUUUUUAUUCCAUGCCGAAACAGGCUUCUACAGGUACUGUCAAUUUCCAGAAAGGACAAAAAAAUAAACUCUAAAUAUGUAAAAAAGAAUAUAUAUAUAUAUAUAUAUAUAUAUAUAUAUAUAUAUAUACAUAUAUAUAUAUAUAUUGUAGAGUACAUGGGUUUGGAGUGACAUGAGAGCAUGGAGACAGUGUUCCUAAUUUUCAUUUUUGUGUGAACUAUCUCUUUAAAUGAAGUGUUGUCUUCUAUAUAUGUGAUUUUUGACUUAGUCUUAGAAAAGAUCUCUCAGUAGGACCACCAAAACCAAGUUAAUACCAACCUUCCAAGGGUUCGAUCAAGAUUGUAUAGUUUUCUGGCUUAAAGCAGAAGUGUCUUGGUGCACUACAAAACUUUCAAGAAUAGUGUAUUACAUAAACUACUUUUACCUACUGAAAGUUGUCCUCUGAAUGUAAUGUUAAACAGUGUUGACUAAAAUGUUGCCAAAUGCCAAGUGGAGUCUAAAUAUGCAGUGAAACUGUUACAUAUAUCGUUGUGGAUUUAUAGCAAAAGCUGGCUGUUGCAAUUUUUUCUGAGCAAUAAUUCAGACAAUCAGGUAACAGGUAAAGCACACGGCUCUUGUAUGAAUGCAUAUGAAUCAGUGACGUCGAUGAAAGGUGCCUUUAAAACAGGCUUCCAUGGAACUUCAACCAAACACCUUUUAAUGACAAAUACAGAUUGGUCUGUCUUUUAUAAGAGUGUCUUGGCUAUAUACUGUAGCUAAAGAUGUUUUUCUUUUGUUAACAUACUUUUGUAUGAUAUUUUCGAAGCUUAACCAAACAUUAUUUAAGAAGGAACUUAGAAUAGCUUGUAAUGUUGAUUUUGGUUGAAUGUCUUUAUAAAGCAUUCAUUUGAUAUGAAUUCAGUACUGGAAGCCGGCCCACGUUAAACCUGUCGGGAAAGACACCUUUCAGUCAAACCGUGAAAAUUCCGCUGGGAAGCUUUAUGAGGAAAGUAGCAUUUCAUUGUUGGGUUUUAAAGCUUGACAAGUGUAUUGGGAAUGAAAAUGUUACAGACAUUCAAAUAAAACUGAGUGUUUUUCACAA